GGCUGUGUUCGAGGCUCCUCGUGCCCCACACAGUACAGGCAGUAGGGCUUUUGACACUUAAGGCCUCUUUCUGUCAGCCAGAUUCAGCUCCAGGACCAUGGCACACCAUGCUACAGUCGAUCCCACUAAGAUGGGAGUGGGUCGGGCAAUCGCCGUGCUGACCUCUGGAGGAGAUGCCCAGGGUAUGAAUGCAGCUGUGAGGGCCACAGUUCGAGUAGGACUUUACACUGGAGCCAAGGUGUUUUUUGUCCAUGAGGGUUACCAGGGUCUGGUGGAUGGAGGAGACAAUAUUCGCCCUGCUACUUGGGAAAGUGUGUCAAUGAUGCUGCAGCUGGGUGGAACUGUGAUUGGUAGUGCCCGUUGUCAGGACUUCCGUACCAAGGAGGGGCGCACCAAGGCUGCCUGUAACCUGGUCAAGCUGGGCAUCACCAACCUCUGUGUUAUUGGAGGUGAUGGCAGUCUGACAGGUGCCAAUCAGUUCCGUACAGAGUGGAGUGAGCUGCUGGGAGACUUGGUCAAAGCUGGUAAAAUCACUGCAAAUGAGGCCAAGAAUUCCUCUCACCUCAAUAUCGUUGGCAUGGUGGGCUCCAUCGACAAUGACUUCUGUGGUACUGACAUGACCAUCGGCACAGACUCUGCUCUACAUCGUAUCAUCGAGAUCGUGGACGCCAUUACUACCACAGCACAGAGUCAUCAGAGGACCUUCAUCCUGGAGGUAAUGGGCAGGCACUGUGGCUACCUGGCUAUGGUGACAGCUCUGGCCUGUGGUGCUGACUGGGUGUUUAUCCCCGAGAUGCCCCCAGAGGAAGGAUGGGAGGAACAUCUGUGCAGAAGACUUUCAGACCAAAGAGAUCGUGGCUCCCGUCUGAACAUUCUCAUUGUUGCAGAGGGAGCAAUUGACCGCCAUGGUAAACCUAUCACCUGUGAAGAUGUCAAAUCGCUGGUAACAAAGAAACUAGGCGUUGACACCCGCACCACCAUCCUGGGCCAUGUGCAGAGAGGUGGAACCCCCUCAGCCUUUGACAGAAUCCUGGCAAGCAGGAUGGGUGUGGAAGCUGUGAUGGCUCUGUUAGAGGCCACACCAGACACUCCUGCAUGUGUGGUCAGCUUGUCUGGAAACAUGGCUGUCAGGCUGCCUCUAAUGGAGUGUGUGCAAGUGACAAAAGACGUCACCAUAGCCAUGGAGGAAAGGAGGUUUGACGACGCAGUGAAGCUCAGGGGAAAGAGCUUUGAGAACAACUGGAACACCUAUAAAAUGCUGGCUCACGUGCAGCCCCCAGACACAAAGAGUAAUAUCAACAUUGCUAUUUUGAAUGUGGGUGCUCCAUGCGCUGGAAUGAACGCUGCAGUUCGUUCAGCUGUCAGGAUUGGUCUCCUCCAGGGCCACCAGAUGCUGGCUGUGCACGACGGCUUUGAUGGUUUGGCUCAGGGAAAGAUUGAGCCAAUUGGUUGGUCUGGAGUGGCAGGAUGGACUGGAAAGGGGGGCUCCAAUCUGGGUACAAAGAGAUCCCUGCCAUCAAAGACAAUGGAGGAUAUCAGUCUGAGCAUUGCUAAAUUCAACAUUCAUGCUAUUGUCAUUAUCGGAGGCUUUGAGGCAUACGAAGGGGGUCUGGAGAUGGUGCAAGCCAGAGAGAAGUACGAGGAGCUUUGUAUUCCCCUUGUUGUUAUUCCUGCUACUGUUUCCAACAAUGUUCCUGGAUCUGACUUCAGUAUUGGGGCUGACACUGCUCUUAACACCAUAACCAUGACAUGCGAUAGGAUCAAGCAAUCUGCUGCUGGCACCAAACGAAGAGUGUUCAUUAUUGAGACUGCGGGAGGAUAUUGCGGCUACCUGGCAACCAUGGCCGGCAUGGCUUCUGGAGCUGAUGCUGCUUACGUCUUUGAGGAUCCUUUCAGCAUUCAUGACCUUGAGAUGAAUGUGAUGCAUCUGGUGGAGAAGAUGAAAACCACAGUGAAGAGAGGUCUCAUUCUGAGAAAUGAGAACUCCAAUGCCAACUAUACAACAGAUUUUAUCUUUAACCUGUACUCCGAGGAGGGCAAGGGUGUGUUUGACUGCAGGAAGAAUGUACUUGGACAUAUGCAGCAGGGUGGAACGCCAAGCCCCUUCGACAGGAAUUUUGGCACCAAGAUGGGGGUCAAGUCUGUCCUAUGGUUGACUGACAAGCUGAAGGAGUGUUAUAGACAUGGUCGCAUCUUUGCCAAUUCUCCAGAUUCAGCCUGUGUGCUGGGCAUGAAGAAAAGAAGUUUGGUCUUCCAGCCUCUGGAAGAUCUUAAAGAACAGACUGACUUUGAUCAUCGUAUUCCAAAGGUACAGUGGUGGCUGAAGGUGAGGCCCAUCCUCAAAAUCCUGGCCAAGUAUGAAAUCCACUUGGACACCACUGAAAAGGCUGCAAUGGAACAUGUCAUCAAGAAGAGAGGCUUGGUUCAUCAGUAACUUCUGUGUGUGGUUAUUUUUGGCAUCAGGAUGUGACAUGACCUGUCUUUCUUCUUUUCAGAGCACUUUGUAACCUCUGUCUCUAACAAGUACAAUAUAAAUAAAGAUAAAACCUAAAAGUCUCACAAUAAACCUUGAAAAACCUUC